UAUUUCUUUUCUCUGUAUUCCAGAAAAAGGCAUGGCAUACGAUUAAAACCAUGGUUAACUUACCAGUCAUCAGCCCCUUCAAGAAACGCUACUCAUGGGUGCAGCUGGCUGGGCAUACAGGGAGUUUCAAGGCAGCCGAUAGUGGGAAGAUUCUCAAGCGCUUCUCAGAGAACGAAAAGGAGUGUUUUGAGCGACUGAUGAAAGACCCACUACGCUCCUGCGUUCCUUGCUUCCACGGUGUGGUGGAGAGAGAUGGCGAGAGCUAUAUUCAGCUGGAUGACUUGCUUACUGAUUUUGAAGGGCCAUGUGUGAUGGACUGCAAGAUGGGGAUCAGGAGAGAGACUACUGUAAGGCUUCAGCAGGCCCAUCUGCUUUUGAUUUCACUGACAUAUCUGGAGGAAGAGUUGACUAAGGCCCGUGAGAAACCAAAGCUGCGUAAGGACAUGUACAAGAAAAUGAUAGAAGUGGAUCCUCUUGCUCCUACAGCAGAAGAGAACGCGCAGCAUGCUGUCACCAAGCCCCGAUACAUGCAAUGGAGGGAAACCAUCAGCUCCAGUGCCAACUUGGGCUUCAGGAUUGAAGGGAUUAAGAAGGCAGAUGGAACAUGUAACACAAACUUCAAAACUACGAAGACACAGGAGCAAGUUCUCCAAGUUUUUGUGGAAUUCAUUGAGGGUAACACAACUAUUCUGAAAAAAUACCUCAAGCGUCUGCAGGAAAUUCAUGUCAUUCUUGAGUCCUCAGACUUCUUCAAGCGGCAUGAGGUCGUUGGAAGUUCACUACUUUUUGUGCAUGACGACAGUGGGAAUGCCAACGUGUGGCUGAUUGAUUUUGGAAAGACCACCCUUCUGCCUGAUGGGCAGACACUGGAUCACAGAAUUCCCUGGCAAGAAGGCAACAGGGAAGAUGGGUACCUGUUGGGACUGGACAAUUUGAUUGGCAUCUUAGAAAGCAUCACUGAAAGAUGAGAUGAGUGGCACAAAACUCACAGGGCUGCUUUGUAACUUUCCGCUCUACUGGGAUCACUCAGUUAGAAGGAAACGUCUUUAAUUCUCUCCAGACUCCUGGGGGUCAUUACACUGCAGAGGGAGCUGCAUCCAGAGCCCAGCUGUUAGUGAUCAAAAUGACUGCAUCAUCCCUCUAUGAACCUGAAUAACUCCAGAAUGGUGUGUAUUGCACAAACCUAAAACUUCGGACUGGUCCUCAGAGAAUCAGGAUCUCCACACUCAGGAAUCACACCAGCAUGAGUCAAGAGGUCUGUAUGGUAAACCCAGCAUGAUUCUGAUUUCAGGCAAACAGAUACGACUCUAGGUUACCUCUUAGUGAACCAGAGCAACUACUUGGGGAUGCAGGGUAGGGGGUAGCUGAAUUUUUUUUCAGGGAACUGCACAGUUUUGAAACCAGCAAGAGUAUUUUCCCCCCCUCACCCCCCAAAUUCAGAGUCUCCUUCCUCCCAUGAAUACUACGGGUUGGGCUAAGAACAGGUGCUGCCCUGUGUUACAGUGUGCACAAGGUGGGAAUUGGUGAAAAUUGGACCAAAGGGAGGCACCAGUUUGUACCAGAGACUGCAUUAGUGGCUGGAUGUAGUAACUGCUGUUGACCAUUCCUUCUCUUCCCUACACUAGCCUCAGUUUAUUUCUGUCAGAACAGCUUUUGCUUUUUAUGGAGCUUCUCAGGAGAGUACAGAUACUCUAGUGAGAGAACAGCACCCUAUAGUCUUCAAAAAUGUUUGAUUUUUUUUUUU